AAGAGGGAGGUUUGUCCCUGAAAAAGAAAGAAAAAAAAGGGCUCAUUGUCGGUCUGAGGGAUGAGCCCGUGCGUGGACCGGGACCCCCUCCCUCCUUAACUAGCUGCUCAGCACUGAAGGGAUUAAGAGCAAAAGCAGCUUGUCGUGAAUCACGCACGUCGUCAUUACUACCGAGUGGGAGUGGAGCCGAAAUUAUGCAAGAUACGGAUAAGACCGGACUGAGUCAACUUUCCACCAGGUCCGUGAAAAUGCCUCAACGGAGGCUGCGUUCAAAAGAAGAAGUGUCCAAGAAGAGCGGAUAAACGCCGACAGCAAGCAGGAGGACGUGCGCAGAUUGUUUGCGGACAUCUGUGAAGUGCACGCGCAGGGAAAAAAAAAGUUGGACUUGUUGGCGCAAACAUGGGGAACGCGGACAGCAUGGAGCAGCACGCCGACUUCAGAGGGCACCACAUGCCCCUGAAGCUGCCCAUGCCCGAGCAGAGCGAACUGGAGGAAAGAUUUGCUCUCGUUCUGAACUCAAUGAAUCUUCCUCCAGACAAAGCUCGACUGUUGCGGCAGUAUGACAACGAGAAGAAGUGGGAGCUCAUCUGUGAUCAGGAUCGCUUCCAAGUGAAAAAUCCCCCUCACACAUACAUCCAAAAGCUCAGGAGUUAUCUGGACCCUGCAGUUACCCGGAAGAAAUUCAGACGGAGAGUUCAGGAGUCCACCCAAGUCCUGAGAGAACUGGAAAUUUCGUUACGGACCAAUUAUAUUGGGUGGGUACGAGAGUUCUUAAAUGAGGAGAACAAAGGCCUGGACGUGCUGGUGGAGUAUCUCUCUUUUGCACAGUAUGCUGUCACAUUUGAUGGGGACUGCGUGGAGAACAACUCAGAGGCUGUGUUGGAUAAAUCUAAACCAUGGAGCCGCUCGAUAGAAGACCUACACGGUAGCAGCACCUUAUCACCUCCCAUCACUGGGAACAGCAUCACCCGUGCUGGGCGACAUUCCACAUUACGUUAUAACACACUGCCCAGCCGGAGAACGCUGAAAAACUCCAGACUGGUCUGUAAAAAGGAUGAUGUCCACGUCUGCAUCAUGUGCCUGCGCGCUAUCAUGAACUACCAGUAUGGCUUCAACAUGGUGAUGUCACACCCACAUGCUGUGAAUGAAAUUGCACUAAGUCUCAACAAUAAAAAUCCCAGGACUAAAGCCCUGGUGUUGGAGCUCCUGGCGGCAGUUUGUCUCGUGAGAGGAGGCCAUGAAAUAAUUCUGUCUGCAUUCGACAACUUUAAGGAGGUAUGUUUGGAGGAACAGCGGUUUGAAAGGCUAAUGGACUAUUUCAAGAACGAGGACAACAACAUUGACUUCAUGGUGGCCUGCAUGCAGUUCAUCAACAUCGUGGUGCACUCGGUAGAGGACAUGAACUUCAGAGUUCAUCUACAGUAUGAUUUCACCAAACUGUGCCUGGACGACUACUUAGAUAAACUAAAGCAUACGGAAAGUGACAAGCUCCAGGUUCAGAUCCAGGCCUACUUGGACAACGUGUUUGAUGUGGGAACCCUUCUGGAAGAUGCCGAGACUAAAAACGCUGCCUUGGAGCGGGUGGAGGAGCUGGAGGAAAAUAUGUCACAUAUGACGGAGAAACUGCAGGAUAUGGAGAACGAGGCCAUGUGCAAGAUUGUGGAGCUAGAGAAGCAGCUGAUGCAAAGGAACAAGGAACUGGAAUCCAUAAGGGAAGUCUACAAAGACACCAGUUCUCAGGUGCACGUUCUGCGUCAGAUGUUGAAGGAGAAGGACGAGGCCAUUCAGCGUCAGAGCAACCUGGAGAAGAAGAUCCACGAACUGGAGAAACAGGGCACCAUCAAGAUCCACCAGAAGGGAGAUGGAGAUAUCUCCAUCCUUCCUUCCUCUCCCACCACAGCCGAGGCUCUGCUGGGUGGGACAUCUGCAGCUGUCAGCUCAAACCACGUGGGUGGCAUGGCCGGCACACACGGUCCUCCACCCCCACCUCCUCCACUCCCAGUGAACGGCAUGAUGUCAAACGGGCCAGCAUCAGUUGAUCCGGUACCAGCCGCACCACCACCUCCACCCCCGCCCCCUCCUCCUCCUCCUCCCCCCCCUCCUCCUCCUCCACCACCCCCAGGACCGGCCUCACUUAUGUCUGCUCCUAUGCUCCCUCCUCCUCCCCCUGGGGCCCCUCCGCUGCCCGGCUGUGGGACUCCGACUGUCAUCAUGAACUCCGGAUUAGCCGAGGGACCAAUCAAGCUUUUCUCCGUUAAGAUCAAGAAACCCAUCAAGACAAAAUUCCGUAUGCCCGUCUUCAACUGGGUAGCUCUGAAACCCAACCAGAUCAACGGGACUGUCUUCAACGAGAUCGACGACGAGCGGAUACUGGAGGAUCUGAAUGUAGAUGAGUUUGAAGAGAUGUUUAAGACAAAAGCUCAGGGUCCAUCAAUCGACCUUAUCAUGAGCAAGCACAAGGUCAUCCAGAAAGGACCCACCAAGGUCUCUCUAAUGGAAUCCAACCGGGCCAAGAACCUCGCCAUCACGCUGAGAAAAGUCUGCAAGACGCCCGAAGAGAUCUGCAAGGCCAUUCAGAUGUUUGACCUACGAACUCUGCCUGUGGACUAUGUAGAGUGUCUCAUGCGCUUCCAGCCCACAGAGAACGAGAUUAAAGUCCUACGUCAGUUUGAAAAGGAGCGCAAGCCCAUAGAAAGUCUGACGGACGAGGACCGCUUCAUGAUGCAGUUCAGUAAGAUUGAGCGGCUCAUGCAGAAAAUGACCAUCAUGGCGUUCAUCGGCAACUUCAGUGAGAGCGUGCAGAUGCUCACGCCGCAACUUCAUGCAGUCAUCGCAGCCUCUGUGUCCAUUAAGUCAUCGCAGAAGCUGAAGAAAAUUCUGGAGAUUAUCUUGGCUCUGGGAAACUACAUGAACAGCAGUAAACGAGGAGCGGUCUACGGGUUCAAGCUGCAAAGUUUAGAUUUGCUACUUGACACAAAGUCGACAGAUCGGAAGUUAACGUUGUUACACUACAUCGCCAAUGUGGUAAAAGAGAAAUACUCGCAGGUGUCUCUUUUCUACAACGAGCUGCACUACGUGGAGAAAGCUGCAGCAGUGUCACUGGAGAACGUGCUGCUGGACGUAAAGGAGCUGCAGAGGGGCUUGGAGCUGACCAAACGGGAGUACAGCAUGCACGGCCACAACACAUUACUCAAAGACUUCAUCUCACACAACGAGAGCAAACUCAAGAAGCUGCAGGAUGACGCCAAGAUUGCACAGGACGCCUUCGACGAGGUGGUGAAGUUCUUCGGCGAGAAUUCCAAAACCACUCCGCCGUCUGUCUUCUUCCCUGUGUUCGUGCGGUUUGUGAAAGCUUACAGGCAAGCAGAGGAGGAUAACGAGCAGAGGAAGCGACAGGAGCAGAUCAUGAUGGAGAAACUUCUGGAACAGGAGGCCAUGAUGGAAGAAGACCAGAAGUCUCCGUCCAGUAAGAACAAGCGGCAGCAGCAAGAACUGAUCCAGGAACUCAGGAGGAAACAGGUGAAGGACAGUCGGCACGUCUACGAAGGAAAAGACGGAGCGAUCGAGGACAUCAUCACGGAUUUGAGGAAUCAGCCUUACAGGCGAGCGGAUGCGGUGCGGCGGAGCGUCAGGAGGCGCUUUGACGAUCAGAACCUUCGACCAGUCAACAAUGGAGAAGUGGUCAUGUGAUGAGGGGCAUGUGUGGUGGGGGUGGGGCAGAGUGAAGGAUAAGAAGCAGCAGCGACCGUAUAGAUGAAUAUGUAAAUAGAAUACAUAAAACGCAGGCGCGGUAUAGUAGCAGCUUUUCUUGAUGAAGGACUCAGAACGUUUAUGGGAUGGACGUCUGGAAGCUUAAGACACCUUAAGUGCCUGACCUGAAUUAUUGUGACCUGAUAUCUUCUGUUGGUUUAGCAAUACUACUUGAGGAGGCUUUAAUUUCCUGUGGAGUGUUAAAACUGGAGCAGCAUAAAAAGACGCUUCCUUUGGAAACAGAACGUGACAGAUUACAUUCCGCCAGUUGUGAUUAUUUCUGUACUUUCAAGUGAUUAUUAUUAUUUUUUUUGCCUGUGUACAACCAGCGUUCUAAACAUCUCACUGUAUUCAGGAACACCUACCUUACAAACAAGAAAACGGUGCAUCAUGUUACAUCAUUAUGGAAAAUGUUUAAAGAAAAAUCUUAAUUUGCACACAUUCCGGCUGAUGUGAAUUAAUGCAGCUCUUCUUGCAGAAUAGAGGAACAAAUCAGAAGUUGAACCUCUCAUGUCUAAUUAAAGUGUAUUUCAGUGGCGCGCCGGUUUUUGGGAACAAAGGUGAAAGGAAUUUCAAAAAUUUCCCCUGCCAAAUCUUGACACUGAGGAAGACACUGAAUCCUACUGGAUGAUCUCAUUCUUAAAACUGGAUCCUGGUUUUCUGUUUUCAUGUAAAUUAUAAACCAGUCUAGUGUGUCGAGUCACAUUAUUGUAAUUUAAAUGUAUAGUAUUUAACCACUAAGAUUCCUUUAAGAAUUUGCUUGUGUUUUCAGCUGUGUCCACAUGUUGGACAGCAGUUAUUAAAAACAUGACAGAAAGUUUCCUACAUGUACAGAUAUUUUGCUACAGUUUUUUUUUAUUAUUAUUUUUACUUAAUACACAUACCAGAUUUUUAAUUUUGUACAUAUUGUUUAAACAAAAUUUUUUUUGUUGCCUUGUGCUACACAACUUGAAUGUUACUUUAACUUAUAGUUUUUGUAUAUUUAAGCCAAACUGUGGAGUGUUGAACUGCAAUGUGAGGCGGUGGAUCACUCAGUCUCAUUGUUGCACAAAAGAAACAUUUUGAUUUGAAAAAAAAAAUUUAAGUGAGAAUGGACUUACUAAACGAUGCACAUUGUAACAAUUUGAAGGAUAUGUUCACUUUAACAGCCUAAGUCAUUAAAACAUCAGAUAUGAAAAUUGCUGAAAAGAAAGUACAUGAAGCAGCUGCAACAGAACUCUGAGCUCAAUUGUACACCCCCCCCCCCCAAAACAAAUUAAUUGCAUUGUGUAGUUAUUAACAUGGUUUACAUUGUUUGAUGGUGUAUAUCACUGGUGAUAUUUUGAAAUUAUUUUCUGUGCGCUACACGUGCAGUAAACAAACUGAUCAUCGUUAACUGAGACCGCUGCACUGUUAAUAUAGUUAUAUUAGGAGGAGGAAAGCGCACGGCAAGUUUUUGUGGGGACUGCACUGUCAGCACAUUAUUUCCUAAAGAAAAUCCCCCCCCCCCCCAAAAAAAGAAAGAAAAAAAGUCCCCCCCCCCCCCCCCCCUCAAAUUAAACAAACGCACUCAGAGGAUUGGAAAACGGUGAACUUAUCCUUUAAAUGAACGUGCACGAAAUGGUUUUGUGAUGCACUCUGCUGCAUCGUCCAACGAACUCCACUGAAAUACGUGCUGCCGUUCUUUUUGACUCCUCUGUAUUAGCAUCAUUCCUAACUGGUAACACCGGCUUUUUUUUUUUUUUUUUUUUUUUGAAUAUUCACUUGAAAUGUAUUUUUUAGGCAGUUUGUUUAUUGCAAAUUAACAUUCUUUUCUAAGUUAGGUGAUCUGAGAUUUUCAAAAAAUACGAUCAAAUAAACUAUUUACACUGAA